AUGUCGACUUGCUCGUCAUGUAAUCUACCAUUAAAAGACAAAACUGAUCAAGUAACCACUGCGACUGGAAUCAUGUUCCAUCGUAUGUGUUUAGAACAACUGCUCAAGCCAAAAUCACCAAAUACUGAUCAAGCUUCAGACACAGCAGCGUCAGCAAGAGAUGCAAAGCAAUGCGAAAAAGGCGGCGAAUGUUCGCAAAUCAACGAUAGAAAUCACUGCAGUAAAUGGACGCAUCCGGAUUAUUGUCCGGACGGUGGUCAUUGCAAGAACCAACAAUUCGAUCAUCUGAAAAAGUAUCGACAUUUGCCACUUUGUUCAAAAUCGCACAAAUGUAUUGACUAUCAAAAAGAAGUAAAAGAACACUGCGAAAAAUUUCGCCAUUUCGCUCCACGCUGUCCCUAUGGAAACAAUUGUGUCGAUUUUCACAACAAAAAGCAUAUCGAUGAGUUCAGUCAUCAAUAUCCGACGCCAUGUCCUUAUACGCCGUUUCACUGUUCACUUUACGACGAUCUAACUGAACACAGGAAUACCCGAGGUCUUUCGAAUGCAGUUCACCAACACUGUCUCAACUUCGCACAUGUAUGUAGAGCCGGCCGAAACUGUACCGACACAACACAGCUGCACUGGUCUCGAUCCUUUCAUAUCGCUCGAAACUUAUGUCCAUAUGGUGAAAAAUGUCUUCGACUUACCGAUGAAGAGCAUCUCAAUUCAUUCACACAUCCUAACAUACUCGACAUUCGACUGUUGUGUUCCGAGGGCGAUAGUUGUUGCGAUCGUGCUAACGCUGACCAUGUAGCUAAAUUCCGUCACAGCAUAGCCGAUGAAACCGGUGUAGUGCCUUACUACAGUCUAGAUAAAGGUUCAGAUUUCACAAAAAACCAUCGAGAAGUUUUUGAGCGCGUAAAACGAUAUGCCGAAAAGAACAAUUGGAAACCUUUACCUUCUGGAACUAUUCCCAAUGAUAUUCUUGAUUGGGUGCGCACUGUAUUUCCUAUCCACCGAUGCAAUCCAAUUAUAUUCGAGUCUAUCCUUCUACAUGGACAUGUCAUGAGUCGUGACUAUAUGGAGCGAUUGAAAAAUCCGAAGUUUGUUGCUACUUCAGUACUACAGCACAGUCGAUUACGACGUAUUGAUGGUCUGAAAACGCCUGCGUGCGAAAAUGACGCCCGACAGUAUAUCACUGCCUUAGUGUGCGUCGAAUUCAUAGAGAACAAUUUUACAUCAGCAAUGACUCAAGGAAUGGAUCUACUUGAUACAGACACAGCAACGCCAGCGGCAGCUCAUCCCGAUACGAAAGCAUUCUAUCAGGAUAUCAUCAAAAGAAAGGAGAACCGAUUAGCCUUGACGAUUGGGAAUCAGGAUGUGAAAGCAAUCCGUGACAAAACGCUGCAGAUUGCCCAAGCGUCGAUCAAGCUUCAUUCCAAUCCAGCUGGCAUUGGUCAUGAACCCGACAAGAUUUUGCGCACCGACAAGCAUGUCUUCAGCAUUCUCGGGCCACACCAAGGUCAUUACUACGGUGACGUUAUUGUAAUUUUCAAACGAGAAAUCUUACAUCAUCCCGAUUCAAAUAUAUCUAUGCAAGCAGCUACGACGUACUUGAGUGGCAAUGCCUAUAGAUGGCGACCGUGGUUAGGACAAGCACCUGGCUCACAAGAUGAACGAGUAAAACAGUAUCAUGCCACAAAGCUACAUGCUGGCGUUCCAGGUUAUGACUAUGCCCUCAGUGCGGAAUUGAUAGCAUUGACUAGUCUGCACCAAAAAUUAAACUCACUGGAUGUUAGCAUGAAGCAGAUUCUCGAUCGAUGGACAUCAGUCGAUUCACAUCAGACCGUCGAAGCUCAUUUACCUCAGUUGAUUCCUCUAGAAUAUAUUGACCAUGUCUAUAUCCCGAAAAAUAUCUACGAGAACCUCAGCGAGGACGCUAUGCGAGCUAUCGGUGCCGUUUUUCGUAAUCGAAUAAGUGUGGCCGAACAGAUAGUCGAGCCUGUGGAUAAAGUACCAACAUUUGUUGCUAGACCUCCGGCAAAAAUGCGUGCAGAGUACCAGGAUACUUGUAUUCAUACACUCCUGUUCCGCUACAAGAAGUACACCUCUCAAUUAGUAUUGAAUUAUCACCGAGGAAUAACAAUGACUAUACGACCUACAAAUUUCGAAGAACAUUACGUUUUGCCUCUCACCAUCCGUCAAGCAUAUGAACACUAUCGCAUUAUGGAAUCAGAUCCGUCAACGGCUAACACCACCUAUAUUUACUGGAAAGCUGCAAACGGCGAUAUGAUGAUAACCUUAUCCAAUGAAGAAAUUAGUCCCACCGAGCAUCAACCAAAUCUUCGCAGUCUAAUUUGCUACGUCGCUCCCAAACCGUCAGUCACGGACGACAACUAUCACGAAGCAAGUACGUAUCUUUCAGCUGGACACCCAUUCCAACACGAAACGAUUGUUAUCAAGAAAACAUAUAAAAUCAAGUCUAAUCAUUUCUAUAUGGGUUGUAAUGUGAACGACUUCUUUACUUACUGUUUGGAAAUUCAUCGUGGCAGCGGCCAUAUCGUUCUUUCUCAUGCAGGGCCGAAUGGUAUUUACAACCACAAUGCGAUGGUUUGUGUUUUCAGUCGAUCAGAACUCGAUUUAACAACACUGAACUUUGUUCAUGUCAGUGCAGGAAAACAUAAAAUUUUAUCUUCGAGUUGGAACUUUUACCAAGAAACAUUUUUGAUGAAAACCAAAAGAUUCCGCUGUGGUCGUUUACGUCUAAAUCAAACUAAUGGUAUUAUAGAAAAACUUGAGCUUGAAAAUGGUGGAGGCAGUCGAUAUUGUCAUUGGUUCGGUAAACAAAUGACUUUCGUUCAAGUUCAUCGUCAAAUUCGUAAAGUUUACGGCUUAAGUGAUCCGCAAAUUCGUACAAAGCUGUACGAUUAUCAAAAGCAACCGUUAGAUACUGAACAAUAUCGAACGUUUCAUGAUUAUAUCGACCGGAAUGGAUUAAGUGGCAAUAGUAUUGCUAUUUACUUAUACACGUGCGACGAAGACGUAGAUAAUGAUGUUAUCUCAAAUGUAUUGUCAUCAAAGGAAAUAAUACCAUAUGUUGACCAGUCUAUGAACACUUUUAGAAUGUCACAUGCGAUAGAAUAUUCGUUUAUUAAUGAAAUCAAUCGAUUGAAACGAUAUGUUCGUGAGUUAAUGAACGAAAAUGGAAUAGACAAUGUCCUACUUCAGUUAUUCGAGAAUUUCUGUACGAUUUAUGGUUAUGUCUUCUCGAUUCUUCUGCCUCUUCAACAACAACAGAAUGAUCCAACAAACGCUAUGGAAAUCACGGUGUAUUUAAAUAACCUCGAGAAGAUUUAUGAAAUAUUCGAAUCGACUAAGACGCUGCUUCAUCGAAAUAUGAGCAAUUAUCGUCGUAAUCGAACAUAUUCAACUGUCCGAAGCACAUUCUUUCAAUUUUAUAAUAACGUGCAGAUCCUACGCAAUCGAUGGUUGAGAAAUGACACUCGAAAGAUUGAUUCGACUUUAUCGAUACCAACACAUUCCGAUGAGAGAAAAUCCAUUUGUGCUUAUAUGCAGAUAUGUGAGAAAAAAAUGGAUGAGCAAGUAUCUUUGUGUUUAUCGACUAUAAAAUAUUUGUUGCAAAUCUUACACAUCCUGAAGCCUGGAAAGCUGUACGUUUUUCAAGAAUUGCUUUCGUCUUCCAUUAGAAAAAUGAAACUGAUCCGAUCCGAUAUUACGGUAUCAAGCAAAUCAUCUCUGGUUCACGUGAAGCAGCAAUUGUUAUUGAUGAAAAACCAAUUUCAAAGCAAAUUCGGCGAACAAAGUAUUGAAUCAUGGCGUUCUGAAAAUGACAAGAUUAUCUACAAAGGUUAUAGAUCAACAGUGAAGUCGAUUCGGCUCUUACUGACUUCACUCGAUUCAUUUAUAGGAUAA